UUGUAUCUCGGAUAAAAGAGAACCUGAGGGACCAGGGACUGGAUGACAACAUCCAACUGAGCUGGAGGAAGCAGCCGGAUGGACAAGUCUUCCAGAAGGAAAAGAGGGAUGAGCUUGAAUUGAAUUGCUUUUGUCAUCUUCCAUCAGAGAAAAGUGUAUUUGCUUCCUCUAAGUCCUUGGGUUACACAAUACAGCUGCAAAAGAGCUGAUUCAUUCAUUAGUUACAAUUUUAAAUAGAAUAUAGAAAAUGUAAUGCUUUUCCUUGUUAUAUAUGGUUAUGAAGUUCAUAUUUGUGUGCUUUCCUUUGUUGUAAUGAUUGGCUUGGCCUGUGGGAAAUAAUAACACAUUACAUUCUAAAAAUGUAUUUUUGUCUCACUGUUAUGUCUCAGAAUAUUUUCAAAUAACUUAUAAAACAAUCAUUCUUAUUCCCAUUUUCAGGGAUACAAAAUGAGGGAAUCAGCUUCCAAAAUAUGAAGAUGUGAUGCUUUACUCCAUCAGAUAUGGUCAUAAACUUGAUGUUUUUUGGGAUCAGAUAAAGUUUUUCCCUGUAUGUAAGAAUACAUUCAAAUGAUUUCCAUAGAAAAUAAUUAUAUAUAUCCACCUUAUGACCUUAAUGGGGAUAAAAGCUUGAAUGCUCUACAGUUUUCCUUAAAUUAUUUAUGACUAUUUUACUGAAACAUUUUCUGGUGAAAAAAAAAAUGUUUGCUGUUUCCAUCGUCCUAAAUAUGGUGAUUUGGUGCUUUUUUGUCAGGUAUGGUAAUGGACUUCAUUUCUUGUGGUGUUCUUUUCCCCCUUUAGUCAAGAAAAUCUAUAUGAACAUCAAAACAUUGACAUCAUGAGUAGGCUACAAAGGUACAUGUACAGAGUAAACUAAAGAAAAUAAAGAAAUGUUAAGAAAAUAGUGAUAAAAAAACCCGGUAACAUUUCAAGUAAAAUAUGUAUUACAUUACAUGACAUGUCCCUUAUUAGACGCUUUUAUCCAAGGCAAUCCCCACAGGAGCAAUUUGGCACAUCCUUAUCAAAUGAUUUAUAGUUUUGAUUCCCUAUUUUAUUUUUUUAACAGUGGUGCCAUAUUGUUGUAUUUCUAAGUGGACAACAUUUGGUUUGGUUUUCUUCUUGUAAAUGAAAUGUGAAAUAUUCCCACAAAUAGAAUGUGUUAUUUGAACCAAUAUUUGUAUACAAUCCAUCACCUUUAAAAGUUUAUUAAAAUGUCCUCAUCCUGAAGUCGUAUCAUUUGUCAAAAUCAGACCAAAACAAUUAAAAGUACAUAGGCUAUAGUGAUAGUAUGAUAGAAUAAAAGACACAUAGUGGAAAAGUGGAAACAAACACUAUACAAAAUAUUUGUCCUCAGAAAAACAGUCCCGGAGCAGCUUCCGGUGCGGAUGCUGGGUUCUGCUCGUUCUUCGGUUCUGCUGCGAGCUGUGCCUGUCGGAUAUGGUCGGAUAAGGGACUGAAGGUCUCUCCUGGAAGGCUCCGACACCAUCUCCAUCGACACGGCCAUGGUGUCCUCACAGGAAUUCGGCUGCCUGCUGGACAUGGUCUACACCGGCAAGCUGCCUCUGGGCAAACACAACGUGAGCCGCAUCGUGGCGGCCGCUGACAGCUUGCAGAUGUUCGACGUGGCUGUCGGCUUCAAAAACAUCCUCACUAGUCUGGUAAACCAGCAAACUCCGGUCCAUUCUACACACACCUCCAGUCUCCCGGUGAUAAACCAAGUCCAGAACAUGAACACUGAUGGUUCUGCUUCACCCAGCAAGGAGGACACGACUUCAGACAAGACGGAGAGAGAGAGUGAGAGUGAAGCUGCAGAGGAGCCGGCGUGUAAAAGAAGCUGUGUGCAGAACUCAGAGCCUGAAGAAGCCAAACCCUCAGUAGUGGAAGAAAACAACCCGACAGCAGCGCAGCAGUCUAAUAGGCCUGCAGCUGGAGUUCUGGAACAUUCCUCUGAGCUGGUGGAGCUCCUCAGCAACAUGCCGUCUGUCCUGGAGCUGCUGAGCCAGGCAGCACAGGGAGGCCUGGCUGAGCAGGAGAGACAGCUGGUGUGUGAGUGCUGUGAGGAGGCAGACCCCUACCCGGCGCUGGAGAAGCUGCUGAGCCUAGUGAGGGAGGAGCAGCUGAGCGAGACGGUGCUCCUCACCCUGCUCCUCACCCUGCAGCAACAAGCCCCCUCCUCCUUCCCCUCCCCCCUGCUCCCCCUGCUGGAGGAGGCUCAGAGCAGGCUCACUGCAGGCGGACAACUGUUUGACUCAGGAAAGCAGAACGGCAGCGGAAGUGAAGAAAAGCGGGAGGACGAGGACAACAAAGAAGAGUCAGAAGAGGAUGAGAAGGUCAUUGAUGCUCCAACAGACUCCUCCUCCCCCUCCAAGCCCUACUCCUGCCGCUGGUGUAAGAGGGGCUUUGCCUUCAAGUGUCGGAUGCUGGCCCAUGUGAAGCGCUGCCCCUCCUCUCAGGAGGGGGAGCAGCAGUGCCCGCAGUGCCCCAAGAAGCUGGCCAACCAGAGGGCCCUGCAGCAGCACCGCGCCGAGGCCCACCGCAGCACCACCCGCCUCAAGAAGAAGGUGUCAUGUGACCUCUGCGGGAGAAACUUCGCCCACCCGUCAGGCAUGCUUUACCACAAGCGCACCGAGCACUUUGAAGAGAAACCGUUUGCUUGUGAGGACUGCGGCGCAAAGUUUGGCGCCAACUCUUCUCUGAAGAAUCACAUGAGGCUGCACACAGGAGAGAAACCGUACUGCUGCAAACACUGCCACAUGAGCUUCAGUGUGGCAGCUGCACUGGCAUACCACACCAAGAAGAAGCACUCUGAGGAUCUGUUGGAACCUCAUGACUGUCAGAAGUGCUGCCUCAGCUUCUCCUCCCUGGAGGAGCACCGGCAGCACAUCCACGAGCUCCACCCCAAGGAGUUCCACAAGUGCCCCACAUGCGACAAGGUGUUCACCAGCGCCGCCCUGCUGGACAAACACAAGGGCACACACACAGGAAGCAAGCCCUUCAGCUGCGAGCUCUGCAACAAGUCCUACCAGCAACUGUCAGGCCUCUGGUACCACAACAGGACCAACCACCCUGACAUGUUUGCUAACCACACCCGGCAGCUCAAGACUCUGUGCCAGUGUGACGUCUGCUUCAAGUUCUUCCCCAGCGCUGCCAGUGUGGCCAAACACCAGGCAGCAGAGCACCAGGGCUCCACGGCUGCAGCGCUCACCUGUCCCUACUGCCCUGCUGUGCUGGGGGGGGAGGAGGAGCUGCAGGAGCACCUCAGCAGCCAGCACUUGGAGGCCUCCAGCUGCCCCUUCUGCUCCCUGCUCUGCUGCUCCCAGCUGGAGCUGCAGGAGCACCUGCUCUCCUGCCACAUGGAGGCUCAGGAGGAGCAGGGGGGGGGGGAGGAGCAGGGGGGGGAGGAGGAGCAGGAGUCCAGCUCCCACACUGAGACUGCAGCACAUCCAGCAGGAAAUGAAGGGGCGGAGUCAGAGGCCCAGCAGGUGUUUGUGGCUCUGGCAGGAGGCGGAGAGGUCAACAUGUACGAGCUGCUCAACAGCUCCGUCACCAUCAUCUGUGAGGACAAGGCGGCAGCUGCGGACUCCUGACCCGACCUCUGACCCCUGGAGGAUCAGAGCUAUGUCUCAGCUACAACUCACACAACCCAGGCCAUGGACUCAGUGUGAUGAAGCUUCACGUGUACUCCACCAAAAUCUGUUCUGUGGUGCAGCUGUGUGGCCGUUUUCAGACCAGUGAUGGUUCCUGACUUUGGAAAAAGUUCUCAUUCAUUUAAGUCCAGCUCUGCAGACUCCAAUCCCUGAUGAAGACUUUACGUGUUUGUUUAUUGAAGGAGUUUUUUUCUGAGACUAAAACCCACUGUGUGUGUGUUCCUUUCAUUGCUCUCCAACAUCACUCUUUCAUCUGUGGUUCUCUGACAAGUUGUACUGAAGUCUUUCAAAACGUUUCACAAAUGUAGUUUUAUUUAAAAAAAAAAGUUUCCUCUCAAAUAUCUGGUUGCUUUUUAGUAUCGAGCCAACAGGAAAUAGUGUGUUAGUUGAUGACAGCUCCUCGGACGUGCACUUUUUCUCAUUUAAAAUAAAAUACAAUACCAAUUCAAA